AAACUCCUUUUAUAAAACAACAAAAAUUAAAUUAAAUUAAUUAAAAAAGUUUAGAGAAGAGUUGAUCGCGAGGCUUCAACGACCCGCAGACCAAAUUGGCAGAUACAAAAUCUUCAAUCCUAAAUCUCGUCUCCUUUAGCUUCUUCCCAUACCAAUCUUCUUCAGCUACGAUUGACUUCACUCGAAUCAAACUUAUGUUGGAUUGUGUUCUUCAGUGACCGUGGGUUUGGAGAAUCAGCCUCGAAUCAGUUCUGGGUAUUGAUUUAAAUUAGGGUUUGAAUCAUAAAAAUCGGAGCUUGGGAGCUGUGAUAUGAAGAAGCGUCAACAUUUGGGGGUUUUGGGAUUAGGGUUCGUCGAAUUUCAGAUCAUUUUCUGCUUAUCGAUUUGGUUGGCGUUUCCGCAGCAAGCUACGGGGCUUAGACCCAUUAGGGAGAAAGCUCGAACCUGGAGCGACGAGUGGCUCUUUGGUAGAAAACAAGUAUCUGAAGGAGGAAGGUUUUCCGCAUGGAACAUAACAGGAACAUAUAGAGGGAAUUGGAAGUUUCUGGAUUCAUUAAAUAGCUCUUCGAAGUUCCAAGACUUCCAGAAAUCAAAUGGUAAUUCUGUGGUUGAGUUAGUGGCUGUUCCAACAAAGAUAACCGGUGUGCAUUAUGUUCAGGGUGUAGUUUUAUUCCAUGACGUAUUUGACAAUGAACAAAAUUUGGGUGGUGCCCAAAUAAGUCUGGAAGGUGUAUAUAUAUGGCCCUUUAGACAACUCCGCCUUGUGGCUAACAGUGGCAAGGAGAGUGAUUCAGGGCAAGAUGAGAAUAAUCUUCUCUCAAAUCCCUAUCAUCUGCUCGGAAUCUUUUCCUCUCAAGUGUUUCAAGAAUCUACAAGAGACAGAAUACUGCAACGGAAGAUUUCGGCGAGAAAUGAGAUGGAUAAGCACUGUAACAUCGAAAUAGCAGCUCAGAUAUCCCGUGUUGCUUCUAGUGACAACAAUGGAGACAAAAGUUAUUAUCACAUGGAAGGAUUGAUGGAAAGUCCUGGGGUAGGCGAUGACGGAGAUUGUUUCUCGCCUUUGUUCCUGAAUGCAACUUCUGUGAAUGUCGAAGUCUACUACAACAAAGCUGUGAACUAUACACUGAUGGUCACUUUUGUCUCUUUCCUCCAGGUUCUUUUGUUGAUCCGGCAAAUGGAGCACGGUAACACACAAUCUGGUGCUGCCAAGGUAUCCAUUGUAAUGAUCGGACAUCAAGCAAUCAUGGAUGCUUACUUAUGCCUUUUACAUCUCACUGCUGGGAUAUUAGUUGAAUCUCUAUUUAAUGCAUUUGCAACCGCCGCGUUCUUCAAAUUCGUAGUCUUUUCGAUUUUUGAGAUGAGAUAUCUUCUGGCCAUAUGGAAAGCAACCAGGCCUUCCAACAGCGGAGAAGGUUGGGAAACAAUGAGGCGUGAACUCUCCUUUCUCUACAGCCGAUUCUAUGGGAUCCUUCUUGGAGGGAUAUUGAUAAUGUACGAGUUGCACAACUACAUGCGGCCGAUUCUUCUUCUCAUGUACUCGUUUUGGAUACCACAGAUAGUCACCAACGUCAUCCGGGAUUCAAGAAAGCCUCUGCACCCGUAUUACAUCGUGGGCAUGACUGCCACACGGUUAGCUAUACCGUUAUAUGUUUUUGGAUGCCCACACAACUUCAUGCGUGUAGUGCCUAGCAAGGCCUGGUGCGUGUGCUUGUGCGCAUUCAUGGGGUUGCAAGCUGUCAUUCUUCUUCUUCAGCACUACUUUGGUUCACGCUGCUUUGUUCCCCGUCAGAUGCUGCCAGAGAAAUACAACUACCACAGGAGAUUUAAUCAGGACGUAAGCCGCAACACUGAUUGUGUCAUCUGCAUGACCGCUAUCAAUCUCAGACAGCGUACUAGUGAUUUCAUGGUAACUCCAUGUGAACAUUUCUUCCACACGGGAUGCUUACAGAGAUGGAUGGAUAUAAAGAUGGAGUGCCCGACUUGUAGGCGUUCCCUGCCUCCAGCUUAGAGGAUGUUUUUGGUUUGUUAGAAUGUACAGACUUCACCCCAGUUUAAUUUGGCGGGGUCUGUCUGGAAUAGUUGUGGAGUGUUUCAAAAAAUACGAAGUUAACUGAAACAGGUGGGUGGCUGGGGCUGGGCUCUUUGGUUUUAUGUCCUUGGGAGAGGUGUAGGAAGGUUUUUAGAUGAAAGCAGAAGAGCAAACACGGAAUCUGUAACCGCAGCUAGAAAUUGCGAAUAAACAUUGUGUUCUGUAUAAACUGUUUAAUGUUACAAUCUUAGUGCAUAUUCUUUCA